GACGACCAAUAUUUGAAGGGAAACUACAAAUCUGCCAUUACAGGUGAGAGCUGAGAAGUAUAAGAGCUGCAUUUCAGUGUGCAGAAGAGAAGAAGAGAAGCUGCAAAAAUAGAAAGCCUUCUCCAAUGGCUGCUUUUUCAUAUUUCUGUGCCCAAAUCACCGUCAUUGCUGCUAUACUUAUCCUCUCCUCUUCAAUAUUUGCUUCUAGUGCUAGUCCAACUAGGAAUAUUUCACGUCCCUUCGAGAAGAUCUAUGCUUUUGGUGAUUCAUUCACCGACACUGGAAACACUAGGUCUGUGUCAGGUCCUAGCGGUUUUGGCCAUGUCUCUAGCCCUCCAUAUGGCAGCACCUUCUUUCACCAUUCCACGAACCGAUACUCCGAUGGCCGGCUCAUGAUUGAUUUUGUAGCUGAAGCGUUGUCCUUACCAUUCUUGCCACCGUACCGUUACCUCAAAGGCAAAGCAAAUCAUGGGGUGAACUUUGCUGUUGCUGGCUCUACAGCGAUAAAUCAUGCAUUCUUUGUUAAGAACAAUCUUACACUUGAUAUUACUCCUGACUCUAUCCAAACUCAGAUAAUUUGGUUCAAUGAGUUCUUGGAAAAGCAGGGAUGCCAAGGGUCAGUUUCGUCAGGCCCUGAGUGCAAAGCAGCAUUAGAAGGUGCGUUGAUCUGGGUUGGUGAAAUUGGAGUUAACGACUAUGCAUAUAUCACUGGAUCGUCUGUAUCUGGUGACACCAUUCGCAAACUUGCAAUCAGUAGUGUCACUACCUUUCUGCAGGCAUUGUUGAGCAAAGGUGUGAAACACGUUGUUGUCCAAGGUCUGCCUCCCACAGGAUGCUUGCCACUGGCCUUGUCACUAGCCCCUGAAGACGACAGGGAUGACAUGGGCUGUGUGAAGAGUGUAAACGAUCAAGCCAGCACCCACAACGCCGUUUACUUGACGAAAUUACAAGAUCUCAGGAGGAAAUUUCCCAAUGCUACAAUUGCCUAUCUUGACUACUGGAACGCCUACUGCACAGUUAUAAAGAAUCCAAAUGGUUAUGGGUUCAAGGAGCCCUUGAAGGCCUGCUGUGGAUCAGGAGACCCGCCUUACAACUUUAAUCCGUUUGCUGUAUGUGGCACGUCUUCUGCCAGUGCUUGUCCAAAUCCUGCUAAGUACAUAAACUGGGAUGGAGUUCACCUCACAGAAGCCAUGUAUAAGGUGCUUACUGGUAUGUUUCUCCAUGGAACUUACAGUCACCCUCCAUUUGGGUACUUGUUGGACAGGAAACAGCGUGAAGGAUGAAUCUUUUGCCGUUGGGAUCAACUUUGAUUUAUGAUAAUAUUGAUUGUCAUUUGUCAAUGAGAUCUGCUUGUGAUUGAAUUAGUUGUUUAAAACUUGAAAUCACACUGAAAAUAAAUAAAUAAAUAAAUAUAUUUUCUAUGUAA